AUAAGCAAAUUAAACUAAACCGAUAAGCUAUAGAACAUUCACUGUAUCAUAACUUUUCAUAUUGGCCACUUAACUUUUCAUAUUAAAGUGCAUCUGGUGAAAAGCAUCAACUGUACAAUCGAUCCACCCUCAAAUCAAAAGAGGUCAGAAAAAAACGGUUUCCCUUUGCUCCGCUUCAAAACGAUGGCCAGCCCCAGCAACGAUAAUUUGGACAGAAAACGGGACUAUUCGUCAGAAUACACUCACGUAGACUGCACUCGAUACUACCAAGAGCUGAUGAAGAAAGGACAGAUGGUGGAACGAAACGAGUUUAUAGCCAAGCACUGCGAAAGAAAUCUACUCCCUAUCUUCGAGAAAUGGGCUACAGAUCUGAAGAAGCCCCUGAAGUUCCUGGACGUACUCUGCUGCUAUGGAAAUGAUACACUAUCAUACACCCAUGCCUACUAUCAAGAGGACUUUGCAAAAACAUGGGCAUCUGAGACGACGUGUUAUCAGCUUAUCAAGCCCAGAACAUUUCCAGUAGAGACUGUUGGCGUAGAUGUAAGUGCAUCGGCUCUUGAGUUUGGAAAAAAGGCCGGAAUAUUCGACGAGAUUCUAAAAGUGGAUCUAAAUGUCCUAUCGGAAUCUGAAAGCCACCGAUUGCGAACAAAAUGUGAGAGUGCGAAUAUUCUGCAUAUUAACUCUACCAUUUACCUCAAUGAAGAUGUAGUUCAUCGGAUAAUAGACUGGUUUGCAGAUGGAAAAGAGCCAGGGUUGAUUGCAUUUCCUCUCGUAUAUCCCUUCGGGGGGCGCGAGCGCAAUUAUCGAAUAAGGACACAUUUAUUGGAAAAGUUCAAAUUUUUGGAAUCAGUAUCGACGAUUCAAAGAGAAGUCACAGAAGCCGAGGGACAGAAAUUUGGACCUGAGUUUGGAAUCUGGAAUCGACUUUAUUAUGAUAUGUGGUACCUGACCAGAUUUGAUUGUGCUGCACUUGGUCAAGUGUCUAUGAAGAAGUAAAUCAUACUGAAUAAACACAUCAGGAAAUGUUCAUUACAUCCAAAUCAAGAUAUUUUGAAGUAACUCAGAAUUUAUUUUUUACGACAAAUGA